AUGUCGAAGGCAGACGGCGACCAGCGUAAGACUGACUACUUCACCAAGCUUGUCCAGCUCCUCCAGGAGUACCCCCGCCUGUUCAUUGUCGGCGUUGACAAUGUCGGCUCCAACCAGAUGCAGCAAAUCCGCAUGUCCCUCCGCGGCCGCGGUGUCAUCCUCAUGGGCAAGAACACCAUGAUCCGCAAGGCCAUCCGCGGACACGUUGCCGCCAACCCCGCUGUUGAGAAGCUCCUCCCCUUCAUCCGCGAGAACGUCGGCUUUGUCUUCACCAAGGACGACCUCUCCCAGGUCCGCACCAUCAUCACCGCCAACCGUGUCGCUGCCCCCGCCAAGGCUGGUGCCCUCGCCCCCGUUGAUGUGUUCGUCCCCGCUGGCAACACUGGUCUCGGCCCCGAGAAGACCUCCUUCUUCCAGGCUCUGUCCAUCCCCACCAAGAUCGCCCGUGGUACCAUCGAAAUCGUCUCUGACGUCCACCUGAUCAAGUCUGGCGACAAGGUCGACGCCUCCGCUGCCGCCCUGCUCAACAUGCUCGCCAUCUCCCCCUUCUCGUACGGUCUUGUCAUCCGCAACGUCUACGACAACGGCGCUGUCUUCUCGCCCGAAGUCCUCGACAUUACCCAGGACGACCUCCUCUCCAAGUUCACUCUUGGUGUCCGCAACGUCGCUGCCGUCUCCCUCGCCAUCGACUUCCCCACCGUUGCCUCGGUCCCCCACUCGAUCGUCAACGCCUACAAGAACGUCCUCGCUGUUGUUGCCGAGAUCGACUACACCUUCAAGCAGGCCGAGAAGCUCAAGGCCUACCUUGCCAACCCCUCUGCCUUCGCUGCCGCUGCCGCCCCCGUCGCUGUCGCCGCCAAGACUGAGGCCAAGAAGGAGGAGCCCAAGAAGGAGGAGAAGAAGGAGGAGUCCGAGGAGGGCGACAUGGGCUUUGGUCUUUUCGACUAA